CACUCAGCCCUGAGUGCGGCGAGGACCCUGUUCGUGGAUGUGGAGGAGCGCCGGCCGGAGGCCAUGGACGUUAAGGAGAGGAAGCCGUACCGCUCGCUGACCCGGCGCCGCGACGCCGAGCGCCGCUACACCAGCUCGUCCGGAGACAGCGAGGAGGGCAAAGCUCCGCAGAAGUCCUACAGCUCCAGCGAGACCCUCAAGGCCUACGACCAGGACGCCCGCCUCGCCUACGGCAGUCGCGUCAAGGACAUGGUGCCGCAGGAGGCCGAGGAGUUCUGCCGCGCAGGCACCAACUUCACCCUGCGUGAGCUGGGCCUGGGGGAGGUGACGCCCCCGCACGGGACCCUGUACCGGACAGACAUCGGCCUCCCCCACUGUGGCUACUCCAUGGGGGCCAGCUCCGAGGCCGACCUGGAGACCGACCCUGUGCUGUCCCCCGAGCACCCCGUGCAGCUGUGGGGCCGCAGCACACGGUCGGGGCGCAGCUCCUGCCUGUCCAGCCGGGCCAACUCCAACCUCACGCUCACCGACACGGAGCACGAGAACGCGGAGACCGAUCCCCCGGGCGGCCUGCAGAACCACCCUCGGCUCCGGACACCGCCGCUGCCGCUCUCGCACGCCCACACCCCUAACCAGCACCACGCAGCCUCCGUUAGCUCCCUGAACCGGGGCAACUUCACUCCGAGGAGCAACCCAAGCCCGGCCCCCACGGAUCACUCGCUCUCCGGAGAGCCCGCGUCCGGGAGCGCGCAGGAGCCGGCCCACGCCCAGGACAACUGGCUGCUCAACAGCAACAUCCCGCUGGAGACCAGAAACCUAGGCAAGCAGCCAUUCCUAGGGACAUUGCAGGACAACCUCAUUGAGAUGGACAUUCUCAGCGCCUCCCGCCAUGAUGGGUCUUACAGUGAUGGGCACUUCCUCUUCAAGCCGGGAGGCACCUCCCCACUCUUCUGCACCACGUCGCCGGGGUACCCUCUGACGUCCAGCACCGUGUACUCACCUCCGCCCCGACCCCUGCCCCGUAGCACCUUCUCCCGACCGGCCUUCAACCUCAAGAAGCCCUCCAAGUACUGUAACUGGAAGUGCGCGGCCCUGAGCGCCAUUGCCAUCUCAGCCACGCUGGUCAUCCUGCUGGCGUACUUUGUGGCCAUGCACCUGUUUGGCCUAAACUGGCAGCUGCAGCCGAUGGAGGGGCAGAUGUAUGAGAUCACGGAGGACACAGCCAGCAGUUGGCCUGUGCCAACGGACGUCUCCCUGUAUCCCUCAGGGGGCACUGGGUUAGAGAUCUCUGACAGGAAAGGCAAAGGAGCCACGGAAGGAAAGCCCAGUAGUUUCUUUCCAGAGGACAGUUUUAUAGACUCUGGAGAAAUCGACGUGGGGAGACGGGCUUCCCAGAAGAUUCCUCCUGGCACUUUCUGGAGAUCUCAGGUGUUCAUAGACCAUCCUAUGCAUCUGAAAUUCAAUGUGUCUCUGGGAAAGGCGGCUCUGGUUGGCAUUUACGGCAGAAAAGGCCUUCCUCCUUCACAUACACAGUUUGACUUUGUGGAGCUGCUGGAUGGAAGGAGGCUCUUGACCCAGGAAGCACGGAGCCUGGAGGGACCCCAGCGCCAGUCUCGGGGAGUCGUCCCCGCUUCUAGCCAUGAGACGGGCUUCAUCCAGUACUUGGAUUCAGGAAUCUGGCACCUGGCUUUUUAUAAUGAUGGGAAGGAGUCUGAAGUGCUUUCCUUUCUCACCACUGCCAUUGAAUCCGUGGAUAACUGCCCCAGCAACUGCUACGGCAAUGGCGACUGCAUCUCUGGGACCUGUCAUUGCUUCCUGGGCUUCCUGGGCCCUGACUGCGGUCGAGCCUCCUGCCCCGUGCUCUGCAGUGGGAACGGCCAGUACAUGAAGGGCAGGUGCCUGUGCCACAGCGGCUGGAAGGGCGCCGAGUGCGACGUGCCCACCAACCAGUGCAUCGACGUGGCCUGCAGUAACCACGGCACCUGCAUCAUGGGCACCUGCAUCUGCAACCCCGGCUACAAGGGCGAGAACUGCGAGGAAGUGGACUGCAUGGACCCCACGUGUUCGGGCCGGGGGGUCUGCGUGAGAGGCGAGUGCCACUGCUCUGUGGGCUGGGGAGGCACCAACUGUGAGACGCCCAGGGCCACGUGCUUGGACCAGUGUUCGGGCCACGGAACCUUCCUCCCAGACACCGGGCUUUGCAGCUGUGACCCAAACUGGACUGGACACGACUGUUCUGUUGAGAUCUGUGCGGCCGAGUGUGGUGGCCACGGCGUCUGCGUGGGGGGCACCUGCCGCUGCGAGGACGGCUGGAUGGGGGCGGCCUGCGACCAGCGCGCCUGCCACCCGCGCUGCGCCGAGCAUGGGACCUGCCGGGACGGCAAGUGCGAGUGCAGCCCGGGCUGGAACGGCGAGCACUGCACCAUCGAGGGUUGCCCUGGCUUGUGCAAUGGCAACGGCAGAUGUACCUUGGACCUGAAUGGGUGGCACUGCGUCUGCCAGCUGGGCUGGAGAGGAGCUGGCUGCGACACGUCCAUGGAAACUGCCUGUGGUGACAGCAAAGACAACGAUGGAGAUGGCUUGGUGGACUGCAUGGACCCCGACUGCUGCCUCCAGCCCCUCUGUCACGUCAGCCCGCUGUGCCUGGGCUCCCCCGACCCUCUGGACAUCAUCCAGGAGACACAGGCCCCUGUGUCCCAGCAGAACCUGCGCUCCUUCUACGACCGGAUCAAGUUCCUCGUGGGCAGGGACAGCACACACAUCAUCCCCGGGGAGAACCCCUUUGACGGAGGGCAUGCAUGUGUCAUUCGUGGUCAAGUAAUGACAUCAGAUGGGACCCCGCUGGUUGGUGUGAACAUCAGUUUCGUCAAUAACCCUCUCUUUGGAUACACGAUCAGCAGGCAAGAUGGCAGCUUUGACUUGGUCACAAAUGGCGGCAUCUCCAUCAUCCUGCGGUUCGAGCGGGCCCCCUUCAUCACACAGGAGCACACCCUCUGGCUGCCUUGGGAUCGCUUCUUUGUCAUGGAAACCAUCAUCUUGCGGCAGGAGGAGAAUGAGAUUCCCAGCUGUGACCUGAGCAACUUUGCCCGCCCCAACCCUGUCCUGUCUCCUUCCCCACUGACGUCCUUCGCCAGCUCCUGUGCAGAGAAAGGCCCCAUCGUUCCGGAAAUUCAGGCUUUGCAGGAGGAAAUCGCCAUCUCUGGCUGCAAGAUGAGGCUGAGCUACCUGAGCAGCCGUACCCCCGGCUACAAAUCUGUCCUGAGGAUCAGCCUGACCCACAGCACCAUCCCCUUCAACCUCAUGAAGGUCCACCUCAUGGUGGCGGUUGAGGGCCGCCUCUUCAGGAAGUGGUUCGCUGCAGCCCCGGACUUGUCCUAUUACUUCAUCUGGGACAAGACAGACGUCUACAACCAGAAGGUGUUUGGGCUCUCGGAAGCCUUCGUUUCUGUGGGUUAUGAGUAUGAAUCCUGCCCAGAUCUGAUCCUGUGGGAAAAAAGAACAACAGUGCUACAGGGCUAUGAAAUCGAUGCUUCCAAGCUGGGAGGAUGGAGCCUGGACAAACAUCAUGCCCUCAACAUCCAAAGUGGCAUCUUGCACAAAGGGAAUGGGGAGAACCAGUUUGUGUCUCAGCAGCCUCCUGUCAUCGGGAGCAUCAUGGGCAACGGGCGCCGGAGAAGCAUCUCCUGCCCCAGCUGCAACGGCCUUGCCGACGGCAACAAGCUCCUGGCCCCUGUGGCCCUCACGUGCGGCUCCGACGGGAGCCUCUACGUGGGAGAUUUCAACUACAUCCGAAGGAUCUUCCCCUCCGGGAACGUCACCAACAUCCUGGAGUUGAGUCACAGCCCAGCACACAAGUACUACCUGACCACAGACCCCACGAGCGGGGCUGUCUUCCUUUCGGACACCAACAGCCGGCGGGUCUUCAAGAUCAAGUCCACCGUGGUGGUGAAGGACCUCGUCAAGAACUCCGAGGUGGUGGCGGGGACAGGUGACCAGUGCCUCCCCUUUGAUGACACUCGCUGUGGGGAUGGUGGAAAAGCCACGGAAGCCACGCUGACCAACCCCAGGGGCAUCACGGUGGACAAGUCCGGGCUGAUCUACUUUGUGGAUGGCACCAUGAUCAGACGCAUUGAUCAGAAUGGGGUCAUCUCCACUCUGCUGGGCUCCAACGAUCUUACCUCAGCCCGGCCCCUGAGCUGUGAUUCUGUCAUGGAUAUUUCUCAGGUUCGCCUGGAGUGGCCCACAGACUUAGCCACCAACCCGAUGGACAACUCCCUCUAUGUCCUGGACAACAACGUAGUCCUGCAGAUCUCUGAAAACCACCAGGUUCGCAUUGUCGCCGGGAGGCCCAUGCACUGCCAGGUGCCCGGCAUCGACCACUUCCUGCUGAGCAAGGUGGCCAUCCACGCAACCCUGGAGUCGGCCACUGCCUUGGCUGUCUCUCACAAUGGGGUCCUGUAUAUCGCUGAGACCGACGAGAAGAAGAUUAACCGCAUCAGGCAGGUCACCACCAGCGGAGAGAUCUCACUGGUUGCCGGGGCCCCCAGUGGCUGUGACUGUAAAAAUGAUGCCAACUGUGAUUGUUUCUCUGGAGAUGAUGGCUAUGCCAAGGAUGCAAAGCUGAACACCCCGUCUUCCUUGGCUGUCUGUGCUGACGGGGAGCUCUAUGUGGCUGACCUUGGGAAUAUCCGAAUCCGGUUUAUCAGGAAGAACAAGCCUUUCCUCAACACCCAGAACAUGUAUGAGCUGUCCUCCCCAGUCGACCAGGAGCUCUACCUGUUUGAUACCAGCGGCAAGCAUCUGUACACCCAGAGCCUACCCACAGGAGAUUACCUGUACAACUUUACCUACACUGGGGAUGGCGACAUCACGCUCAUCACAGACAGCAACGGCAACAUGGUAAACGUCCGCAGAGACUCUACAGGGAUGCCCCUCUGGCUGGUGGUCCCAGAUGGCCAGGUGUACUGGGUGACCAUGGGCACCAACAGUGCACUCAAGAGCGUGACCACACAAGGACACGAGUUGGCCAUGAUGACGUACCACAGCAACUCUGGCCUUCUGGCAACCAAAAGCAAUGAAAAUGGAUGGACCACAUUUUACGAGUACGACAGCUUUGGGCGCCUGACCAAUGUGACCUUCCCUACUGGCCAGGUGAGCAGUUUCCGAAGUGAUACAGACAGCUCAGUGCAUGUCCGGGUAGAGACAUCCAGCAAGGACGAUGUCACCAUAACCACCAACCUGUCUGCCUCGGGUGCCUUCUAUACACUGCUGCAAGACCAGGUCCGCAACAGCUACUACAUCGGGGCCGACGGCUCCCUGCGGCUGCUGUUGGCCAACGGCAUGGAGGUGGCCCUGCAGACGGAGCCCCACCUGCUGGCCGGGACCGUCAACCCCACCGUGGGCAAGCGGAACGUCACGCUGCCCAUCGACAACGGCCUCAACCUGGUGGAGUGGCGGCAGCGCAAGGAGCAGGCUCGCGGCCAGGUCACCGUCUUCGGGCGCCGGCUUCGGGUUCACAACCGGAACCUCCUGUCUCUGGACUUUGACCGUGUGACACGCACAGAGAAGAUCUAUGACGACCACCGCAAGUUCACCCUCCGCAUCCUGUAUGACCAGGCCGGGCGGCCCAGCCUCUGGUCACCUAGCAGCAGGCUGAAUGGUGUCAACGUGACCUACUCCCCAGGGGGCCACAUUGCUGGAGUCCAGAGGGGCAUCAUGUCUGAGAGGAUGGAAUACGAUCAGGCGGGUCGCAUCACAUCUAGGAUCUUUGCUGACGGGAAGACCUGGAGCUACACGUACUUAGAGAAGUCCAUGGUGCUACUUCUCCACAGCCAGAGGCAGUACAUCUUUGAGUUUGACAAGAACGACCGCCUCUCUUCUGUGACCAUGCCCAACGUAGCCCGGCAGACGCUGGAGACCAUCCGCUCAGUGGGUUACUACAGGAACAUCUACCAGCCCCCCGAGGGCAACGCCUCAGUCAUCCAGGACUUCACUGAGGACGGGCACCUCCUCCACACCUUCUACCUGGGCACCGGCCGCAGGGUGAUAUACAAGUAUGGCAAGCUGUCCAAGCUAGCCGAGAUGCUAUACGACACCACCAAGGUGAGCUUCACCUACGACGAGACCGCCGGCAUGCUGAAGACCAUCAACCUACAGAACGAGGGCUUCACCUGCACCAUCCGCUACCGUCAAAUCGGGCCCCUGAUCGACCGCCAGAUUUUUCGCUUCACCGAGGAAGGCAUGGUCAACGCCCGCUUUGACUACAACUAUGACAACAGCUUCCGGGUGACCAGCAUGCAGGCCGUGAUCAAUGAGACCCCGCUGCCCAUCGACCUCUAUCGCUAUGACGACGUGUCGGGCAGGACGGAGCAGUUUGGGAAAUUUGGUGUCAUCUACUAUGACAUUAACCAGAUCAUCACCACGGCGGUCAUGACCCACACCAAGCACUUUGACGCAUACGGCCGGAUGAAGGAAGUGCAAUACGAGAUCUUCCGCUCGCUCAUGUACUGGAUGACCGUCCAGUAUGAUAAUAUGGGGCGAGUCGUUAAGAAGGAGCUGAAGGUGGGACCCUAUGCCAACACCACCCGCUACUCCUAUGAGUACGACGCCGACGGCCAGCUGCAGACGGUCUCCAUCAAUGACAAACCACUCUGGCGAUAUAGCUAUGACCUCAAUGGGAACCUGCACUUACUGAGCCCGGGGAACAGUGCACGGCUCACCCCACUACGGUAUGACCUCCGUGACCGCAUCACCAGGCUGGGUGACGUGCAAUACAAGAUGGACGAGGACGGUUUCCUGAGGCAGAGGGGCAGUGAUGUCUUUGAGUACAACUCAGCGGGCCUGCUCAUCAAGGCCUACAACCGGGGUGGUGGCUGGAGCGUCAGGUACCGUUACGAUGGCCUGGGGCGGCGGGUGUCCAGCAAGAGCAGCCAGAGCCACCACCUGCAGUUCUUCUACGCAGACCUGACCAGUCCCACCAAGGUCACCCACCUGUACAACCACUCCAGCUCUGAGAUCACAUCCCUCUACUACGACCUGCAAGGACACCUCUUUGCCAUGGAGCUGAGCGGCGGAGAUGAGUUCUACAUAGCCUGUGACAACAUCGGGACCCCUCUUGCCGUCUUCAGUGGAACGGGCUUAAUGAUCAAGCAGAUCCUGUACACGGCCUACGGGGAGAUCUACAUGGACACCAACCCCAACUUCCAGAUCAUCAUUGGCUACCACGGUGGCCUCUAUGACCCGCUCACCAAGCUUGUCCACAUGGGCCGGCGAGAUUACGACGUGCUGGCUGGUCGCUGGACUAGCCCAGACCACGAGCUGUGGAAGCAGCUUAGUAGCAGCAAUAUCAUGCCUUUUAAUCUCUAUAUGUUUAAAAACAACAACCCGGUCAGUAACUCUCAGGACGUCAAGUGCUUCAUGACAGAUGUCAACAGCUGGCUCCUCACCUUCGGAUUCCAGCUUCACAAUGUGAUUCCCGGCUAUCCCAAGCCAGACACGGACGCCACGGAACCAUCCUACGAGCUCAUCCACACACAGAUGAAAACUCAGGAGUGGGACAACAGCAAGUCUGUUCUCGGGGUACAGUGUGAAGUGCAGAAGCAGCUCAAGGCCUUCGUCACCCUGGAACGUUUCGAUCAGCUCUACAGCUCCACAAUCACCAGCUGCCAGCAGGCCCCAGAGACAAAGAAGUUUGCAUCCAGUGGCUCAGUCUUUGGCAAAGGGGUCAAGUUCGCCUUGAAGGAUGGCCGAGUGACCACAGACAUCAUCAGUGUGGCCAAUGAGGACGGGCGGAGGGUUGCUGCCAUCUUGAACAACGCCCACUACCUAGAGAACAUGCACUUCACCAUUGACGGAGUGGACACCCACUACUUCGUGAAAGCAGGACCUUCGGAAGGCGACCUGGCCAUCCUGGGCCUCAGCGGGGGGCGGCGAACCCUGGAGAACGGGGUCAACGUCACUGUGUCCCAGAUCAACACGGUGCUCAGUGGCAGGACUAGACGGUACACAGACAUCCAGCUCCAGUACGGGGCACUGUGCUUGAACACCCGCUAUGGGACAACACCGGAUGAGGAGAAGGCACGGGUGCUGGAGCUGGCCCGGCAGAGAGCCGUGCGCCAGGCCUGGGCCCGCGAGCAGCAGCGACUUCGGGAAGGGGAGGAAGGCCUGCGGGCCUGGACAGAGGGCGAGAAGCAGCAGGCGCUGAGCACGGGGCGGGUUCAAGGCUACGACGGCUUCUUCGUGAUCUCGGUCGAGCAGUACCCGGAACUGUCAGACAGCGCCAGCAACAUCCACUUCAUGAGACAGAGUGAGAUGGGCCGAAGGUGACAGAGAGGACCGUGGCCGGGACUUCUUGCCAAAGACAGCUACUCUUUUGUGGCCGCAAACCUGACUGUGUUGUACUUAAAAAAAAAAAGAAUCCUUUUUUUAACAAGUGCAGAAAGCAAGCGAACAAAAAAGAUACUGGUUGCAGUGUAAUUCAUGCAACAUCCUUUUUUUUUUUAAGAAAAGAAAAACACAAAUUUGGCCUUCACACAUUUUUUGCAAAGAACAGAAGGUAUUUUUUUUCCAUUGUGUGAUCACAAUGUAAACUUUGUCUUUUGUUCCCUUUUCCUUGAGGAGUUUUCCUUGUUGUUUGGGGUACAUUUCUCCUCACUGAGAUGCAUCUCCUGGGGUGUGUCCUUGUCUGUCCCCAGGCACCCAGUGUGAUGUGAGACACAAGUGUCUGUGCUAACUUGUCCCAUGUGCAACUUUCUCUUCCAUGGGGGUCGGGCAGGAGGGAAGGGUGCGGCGGAGAGUAAUGGGCCGGUAGCAAAUUUCCAAGGGGGCCUGGAAGGAGGGUCCGCAGGACCUGAGGAUCUUUGGCUAAGCUCCCACAGACAAGUGGUAGCUUUUUUACUCACUGUGUUCCAUGCCUCCGGAGGACCAUGGAUGGUUCCAUCUUCUCUGGGGGAUUUCAUGAUCUCACAGCACCUUUUUCAAGCUGCCCCAAACUCCUGUCCAAGCUUUAUAUUUUGAUGCGAAAUGAAACCCCCAACCCCUUUUGCAAAUCUUGUGUAGUUGUCAGUGCCACCUCCAUGCUGGGAUGGAGAAAGUGUCUCCCAGGUCCUUUCCCCAGUCUGGUGACAGCAUCCUGGGGCUUAGAGCCCAAGCCUCCCCAAGAGGCGGAGGCAUCCAGGGCAUCUGUGGUUGGUUGGUCCUCGCAUGAUGUUCCUUAUUCAUCUCUUUCUCUCUCCCAAAGUCAGACGUGAGAAGCAGCACCGCACAGCAAGCCCUCAGUGUGGGCACCACGUCCAGAAGGGAAGGUCACCCACGGCAAAAGAACGGCAGUGGUGGCAAGGGUACCAGCCUGCCUUCCUAGGUGAAGCCCUCUCCCCAUGACUUUGAGUAUCUUCCCUCCAUUGCUCAGCUGCCACCACUGAGAAAUAGGAGUGUGGAGAGAGGUGCUUGGUGGCCUUUGAUCGUGGAAAGAGGCUUAAGAAAAAGGUCAGCCAGAGAGAGGAAAGCAUGAGUCGAGCAUCCUUCUAAUGAGCUCCUGAAGGCUCCUCUGCCACUCAUGUAUUGGGCUAAUUGCAGAGCUGGGAGGCAGCUGGAUAGACUUCCAGGAAAUUCCUUCUGUGAAGUUCUUCUAAAACAGCUUCGCCUCUAGAGGAGCCCAACUGGGGUUUUAAAGCAAGAUUAAGGAGAAAGGAGGAAAGAGAUCAUUUGGUGUGGCCUGGCAGCGUCAAACUACCCCACCAGGAUUGGGGGCGGUUCCUGAGGCUGGUGCCUGUGGAUCCAGAAGCCCGGGCUGCAGUUGUCCCUGUGAAGACCUACGCCUGUGGUCACUGGGCAGAAGUUUAAGUCCUUUCGGGAGUGAGCACAUCCCACACCGGGAGGGCAUGCCCAGGGAGAGGCAGCAGCCAGUGGGCCGGGGGAAGCGCUGAGAGUAGGGGAGCGCUAGGAGCUCCUUUCUCCUGUUCUAUCUGCCUAAUUACCACUGUCAUUACCUCUCACAGGAGGCUCUGGGAGACCAGGAGGGGAAGCCAAAUGCUUCCUUUUAAGCUGGGCUUCUUAGAAAAUGGGACUUUUGUGGGUUACAUUUUACAUUGAGUGUGGAAAAUGAAUUGAGUCCGAGCUCCUUCCCGUGGAAACCUCGUUGGACUGACAAGCUCAUGGCACCUUUAUAGCCUUACUCACAGAGUCUUCAGAAUAUUCCAUGAGUUAAUGAAACCGAAAAGGUCUCUUGCUGCAUGAGAAUCGGAGCAGCACGGAGGCCGGGGUCUGCCUGGUAGAGGGAGGCACUCAGAGCUUCUCGGGAGAGGAGGUUUUGCCUUACGUCAUCCCACUGGGGAUGAGAGGAUGUGUUUCGCUAAGUGCUCUUCCUGUUUCCAAAAAAAGUGACACUGCGGCUACAGUGUCUUGGACUAUUUGCCCACUCCUCCCAGAGCUCCGCUGAGUCAGAUGCAGUGCUCCCGGGCCCACUGUGCAAGGCGGGAGCUGGUGGCAGGUCCCAUCCGGCAGGAUCGUUCUUGGAUGGGAUGGAAAAUCGUUUGGCCUGAAGAACGCAAGUGUUUUUUUGUUUUUAAACCAAAAUAGACUUACGCCUCGCAAAUGUACUCUUGAUACAAGGAGCCCUUGAGCAAUGGGACCCUGCCCGUUGACCUAGACGAUCAGUUCCAUGCUGUCUUCCUGACAUCAGUCAAGACCUGCUGGGGACGUCUACUUGGAGGUCAGAGACAGCAUGAGGGCCGAAUGAACCAUCUCCCCACACCUCCCCAGCCCUCUGACUCUCCACCCCUCACCCCCACCACAGUAAUAGUGUGGACUCUUAAAGAUCAAAAUCACAGGGAAUAACUGAGCAUUCCUUUCCUUUAAACGAAUGAUGUUAUAUCUUUUCUGGGCUACAUACCACCAAGGAGGCAUAGCUUCUGUAUGGGGAGAAGAUGACGCAUCCCCAGCCUUUAGAGAGGACCUCGGGUGUGGGGCCGGCAGCAUCAAGCACCUCAGUUUCGCACUGGUGCUGUUGCUAUUGGAGGUGGUGCUUCUGGCCUCGGCCCUUCUGAGUUGGUUUCCAUUUGGGCUGGCAGGUGACUCACUGCCUGCACUCUCCGUCUGUCCUCCUGCUGAGACCAGCAGUGCCAAUCGCACCACAAGAGUGAGUCUGAAGGCAUGAGCCGGAGUUCCCUGUGCCUGCUUAGUGGCCUCCAGGCAGCAAAUCCCAUCCUUGACGGCACCUGCCCUUUUGGCAUUAACCAACCAGAACGUGUGCAUUAGAAUUACCAGCCCUCCCUCACUGGCUCAGGUUCAUUAUUCUGCAGGAUGUCAGCUUCUGACCCUAGAAAAAGGUUUAUUUUGGAAGAGCUCCUGCCUUCUCCCGUAUCCUCCACGGCUGCCAUCAGCUCCUCAUCCACAGCCCCUCUGUCAUCACCUUAAAUAGGACUUCAGUCAUUCCCCAACUUUGCUUUUUAUAGGAUGAGAUUUCCUUUUUAUCCACCCUCCAGGCAGACGUCACUGGAGGGCAGAGCUCUGACAACGGGAGGAAGGGAAAGGAACUCCACGGUCAAUUACCCCUGAUGCUUGUCUCUCAGAACUGUCGGCUGAGAAUUCACACAAGGAACAGACUAGUGCCUGAUUUCUACCUAGGAAUGGAGGAUUUGAAACAAUUGCUAAGAAACUGACCAGAGGUUGAAAAUGGCCAGAGGGCAUGAUUUUAAAGAAUGAGGUGGGGCUGGGAGCAGAAGGUGAUGUAGGCAAGGAAGAGGAAUAAAACUGGGCAGUGUUUUUAUAGGCACGUAACAAGGAAUCAGAUUUGUUUAAAAACAAGAAAAAGAGAAUAAAGGACCUUUUUAGCUGUGACUUUUAAGUACCGCCUUAUAGGUGGCAGGGGUUUCCAAGAUGCAAAGAUGAGAUUUCCAUGUGAAAUCUUAGAAUAGUUUCACAUCUGCAGCCUGGUAUUUGCAGUUGCCACGAGGUGAGGACCAUGAGGCUGAGCUCAGUGCCCAGGAGGAAGGAGUCUGCCGGGCCUCAGCGGGGUCUCGGGUUUGGGGGUUUGUUCCCCUGGUGCUUAAAGUCGAAUCUAUCCUCCAUUCCUCACAGCAGCCACUAAGCCCCGGCCGUGGCUUCUGGUCCUGAGCUGGGGCCUGCCUCCUGCGGGGUCUUGGAGAGCACCCAGUCUCUUUUUUCCCUUGGGAUCCUCAUUGGGAUUAAAAGUCCUCUAUUGAAGGUUCAGAAUUCCCAGGUAGUUUAUACACUUGUCUGUAUUUUACUGGACAGGAGGGCAUUAAAGAAAGAACUCUGUAGUUCAAGGCCCUAUCAUUUUACCUUCAAAUAACAGCAAACUCCUUUUAAAGACUCAUUGCUCAGGUGAUAGAAACUUUCUCCUCUCCAACCUUUCCAUUCUCAGAAACCAGCCUUGUGUACGUCACCGCCCCAGACAGCAGGCCGAUGUUGGGUUUCUUACCCCCUCUGGAAUGCCAAAGGCAUGAUACUGGGCGACCUCCUGGUCCCGAAGAAAAUGUGUUUGAUUCUGAGGGCAAACUGCCAACGGAGAACCAACUUUCGGGCAGGCUCAGCUAUCCUGGCAGGAGCUGAGUCACAGAUGUUUGCUGGUGCCUGGUAGCCCUAGAUUCACCCAACACCAGAAUCCCACUUUUCUAAACCUGCCUGUUGUUCUUGAAGACUUCUGAACCCAUGGCUUCAGCAAAAGGACUCUCCCAAGCUGCCUCUGGACGACCAACACUGGAGACUCUGGCCUUACCAUGUGGAAAUAGUUUUCCUGAAGUCUGGAACUAAUUUUGAGAAGUUUUUUUCUCAACACUUUUGUGUUUCUAACACUGUAUUCUUGACUGUGUAAAUACCAACAAGGCUGUAAAUAAAUGCAGAUGUAGAUACCUUCUAGAAAAGAAAAAAAAGGCAUAAAAACAAAACUAGAAGUGAUCCCGUGUAGCCUUCGUUGACAAAUAAAAGAAUAUUUUGUGUUUAAA